AUGAGUAGUAGCUAUGUCUUCAACGGAAGGAGCCGUCCCACGCAUAUUUCGCUCUCCCGCGAUCACCAGCCUUCAAAGGAAACAAUUGUAUCUGAUGUCCGUAAAAAACGUGAAGAAAGAGAGAGGGAUCGUAAGCGGAAACGGGCUGCAGAGUGUAUACAGCGGAAUACACGUCGGUGGUUGAGCCGCAUGCUUCUGGCUAAGCUCGCUGCAGAUGCGUUUGAAACGAUGGAUGACGGAAUACAACAGCCCCCAGGACGGCGAUUGGAGGAGUUGUGUUGGGACUACGAGUUUGUGUGCCGUGGAAUGGGUUCUCGUUCUGGGUUUUCAGCUAAACGACGGAUGUAUGCAGGAGCUCUUCUCCAGCAGUUAAGCUGCAGUAUUCGUGCGGGUACGCUUGGGGAGGAGUUCUCGUGUGAUACCCACGUGCUGGAUCUGCUUGUGCGUUUGGUACUCGCCGAGUGCGCUGUAUCGCCUGACAAUGAGGAAGUGGACCCUGUGUGGUGGAAAGAGAAGCACGUGGCCUUGCUUGGUGCGCUGUUCAAGGCUGCUUCUACCCUGACGGGGAGGGUUGACCUCGUGUUGCAAGGACUUCGCUUUCUCAUUGAGAAGGGUACAACGGGCAACGAAGCCAUUCUGUCGAUAAUCCAUGAUUUUUUUGCAACGAUUUCGGUAGGGGAGUUGGGAAACACACUUGUAACACCGGCAGUGCAUGAUAUGCUCCUGCAAGCCCUCACCUCUUCGAUAUGUGAUAAACCGUUCGUUUCCCCAACCAUAUGCGUAUUCAGUGUCCUCCUUGGAUCCCCAGCAGAGGAGAAGCCUGUAAUGACCGAUGGGGUGAAUCAGGCGUUGGUACAAGCCAUGAUUGACGUUGCGGUGAAGAAGCUCCCAACAGCAUUGAGCACCCAGCCGAUGGUGGCCCUUGGUAAGCUGGUGCGAUUAGCACCCUUAUUCUUUGAAGCGGAGUCGGAGGAUGAAGUGAUGUUGCGGAAGAACUGGAUGGUGUGCCUUUCGCACCUAGCGCACUUCGCCAACAGGAAGGGUGAACUCAUACGCACGACGCUGCGAGACCUACAUCACCCACGUACAGAUACUGUGCCGCGUCACGGUAGAUACAAGCACCCACAGACCUACUUGUUUAGUACGGAAUGCGGCUUGAAGCUGUUGGAACAGGGUGCAGUUGCUGCUGCCGCGCUGAGAACACAACAUGAAGGUGGACUUGAGCCGUCUGCAACGCAGUUAGAAUCCUACUGUAAUUUUGACACUCUUUGUGGUAUCUUUGUCUGGCCGUUGUACACCUUCAUGGCUGCAUCGCCAGAGCAGCGAAUUGAGGCAACCACGAUUAUUUCAAAGCUAGUGCAUUCCCCAAGAGUGUUGCAGUCCCUGUGGCGUGUGUACCAAGACUGCCACAGCAGUACCUUUGGCGGCCUAACAAAGGCAAAGAAGGCGGACUAUUUCAGGCAGGCGAUGGAGGGAGAGGUGGUGCACCUUCCUUGGGGACCAGAGCCACCGGCAGAAAUGUUGGACUUGGUCUCGUCCACCGCGCCAACGCGCUCUCUUUUCUGGGACCCUUACCCUGCAGUCUCGACGCUGCUAUUCAGCUUGCUGAGCUACUUUGUGGAUGCAACAGAUUUUGUAGAAGGACUUAAACGUUGCACGCUGAUGGAUCACGAUGAUGCCUUUUUUCUUGUGCUAGCUUUAAAAGGGAUUGUGAAUCGCUCCCACUUCCACGGUAUCGUGCCACAGGGCAACAGCGAGGCAGUGGUAGAGGCGGCCCUCACGCUCUUGGUGAAAUUGCAUGUAAUCAACGAGGCACAUUCGUUUGUGUCCUACCCAUCCGUGUGGAUUACCACAUCCGAACCAAUUAGUGCGUUUGACUCGGUCACGACAGAGUCGUGGAUGUACGUCAAAACCGCUGUGGAAACCGCAGUGGCGGCGAAAACAGGAGAGGAAUCAGGAGAUAUCAGUGAUGACAACAACGAUUGGGGAGUUGGGGAGACGAAUGACACGUCUAUCCACCACCCGAAGUGGGCGGAGAGCUGCAUGUGGUCACGCCAGGAACGAUGUGUUCGCAUUCUCCAGAAUGCCCCAUUCACGAUUCCCUUCAAGGUGCGUGCUGCUCUGUUCACCACCUUCCUGUUGAGCCGCGGGGAUCGCCAAUUCAUAGGGGGCCAGCGGCUUUUCUUGGUGCAUCGUAGCAGCGUCUUCAUCGAUGCGUUUGACCGCUUCGCCGCCGCCCCUGACAGCCCCGACAUGUACUCUGUGCGAUUUCGCGACACGAACGACAUCAUGGAAGAAGGCUACGGUGAGGGCGUGUACCGCGAGUUCCUGCUGAGCCUCUGCACGGAGGGCUUUGCCGCCGAGCAUGGACUGUUUCGUCUAACCCACGACGGCUAUGUGUACCCGAACCCCUUCAGUUAUGAAGUGACCGGCGACCCAUUGCAUCUGCAACGGAUCAAUUUCCUUGGCUCGAUGGUGGGACGCGCACUGCGUGACGGUGUGCUGCAGGACGUCCCCUUCGCGUUGCAUUUCCGUAACGCGAUGCUCGGCCGCAGUAACUCCAUCAACAACCUGGAGUGCUUUGACCAAGAGCUGUACCGUCACCUAGUUUCACUCCUCUCUCUGAGCGAAGAGGAGAUUGAGAGCCUCUCGCUGAACUUCACGUAUACGGUGGAUGUCCUGGGUGAAGCACGUGAGUUGGAACUCCUGCGUGACGGGUAUAACAUUCCCGUGACACGACGAAAUUGCCUGAACUACAUCCACCUUGUCGCAGACUUCAAGCUAAACCGCGAGUCGGCCCGCCAGACCAAGGCAUUCCUGAGCGGCCUGGGGCUCAUUGUGGAUCGCAGCUGGCUGCGUCUGUUCGACGGCAACGAGAUCAUGAAACUCUUCGGCGGGGACGCUGAGAGCGCCAUUGACGUGUUGGAUUGGGAACAACACACAAUUUACCACGACGCAAAGGAUGAGGGGAGCACACCGGUGCGUCUCUUUUGGCAUGUCGUAGAGUCCAUGUCAUCGGAGCAGCAGAAGAAAUUACUGAAGUUUUCCACUUCCAUGAACCGGCCCCCACUGCUCGGCUUUAAGUUCCUCAACCCGCCCUUCAAGUUGCACGUCGUGUGGGAUGCACCAGAGCAGCGGCUUCCGUCUGCAUCUACGUGUUUCUCAACGCUGAAGUUGCCACCUUAUAAGGACAUGGAUACGGCGUGGAGAAAAAUUACGGCAGCAAUUGAAGAGACAGAUGAUUUUGGUCUCAGCUGA